CUACCUUAUUGCAACCGUUGGAUUAACAUCAACUCUUCAAAGCUUGAUCCAAAGUCUAUAUCAAAAGAGUAAACGGGGUUGAGUUCUCUUGGAGAAAAUGGUGAGCAUUCCAGUGGCAAUCUUACCCUCAAAUGGCAAAACCAUUCCUCUGGUAGGCUUUGGCACAGCCGAAUUCCCUUUCAACUCAACUGGAGCUACAAAAGGUUCUGUUCUCCAAGCAAUUCAACUGGGCUACAGACACUUCGAUACUGCUUCAAUGUACCAGAAUGAACAAUAUCUCGGCGAAGCAAUAGCGGAAGCUUUACAUCUCGGCCUCAUCAAAUCUCGCGAUGAGCUUUUCAUCACUUCAAAGCUUUGGACUAGCGAUUCACACCGUGAGCUUGUCCUCCCUGCCCUGCAAAACUCUCUCAAGAAUCUUAGGUUGGAUUACCUUGAUCUUUAUCAAAUUCAUUUUCCGGGAAGCUUGAAACCAGGGUCGGGGUUUGCGAUUAAUGAAGAAAAUAUCGUUGCAAUUGAUUUAGAAUCUGUUUGGGAGGCCAUGGAGGAAUGUCAAAAGCUUGGUCUUACGAAAUCCAUAGGAGUCAGCAACUUUUCCUGCAAGAAGCUUGAGAAAUUACUUGCCUCUGCAAAAAUCCCUCCGGCUGUCAAUCAAGUGGAGAUCAACCCAGUUUGGCAACAGAAGAAGCUGAGACAGUUCUGUGAGGAAAAGGGCAUCCAUCUAACAGCUUACUCGCCGUUGGGAGCCAAAGGAGUAGUUUGGGGAACUAACAGAGUCAUGGAUUCUCAAGUGCUGAAAGAGAUUGCAAUUGCUAAAGGAAAGACAGUUGCUCAGAUUUCUCUCAGGUGGGUUUAUGAGCAAGGAGUAAGUUUAGUUGUGAAGAGCUUUGACAGAGAAAGAAUGAAAGAAAACCUUGAGAUAUUUGACUGGCAGUUAAGUGCAGAAGAACUUCAGAAAAUAGAACAAAUUCCACAGAUGAGAGGGAACAUCAUUCAGUCAUUUGUGUCAGAGAAGGGUCCUUACAAGUCCAUUGAAGAGAUCUGGGCUGGAGAAAUUUAAGGUAUUAGAGGAUGAUGAGUCAACUGUCACACAAAAAGAGCAAAACCGAGAAAGCAACACCACUACAUGCCCAACAAACUCUCAACAAAUUUGAUCAUAACAAUCUAAGCUGUACAUACACGCCCAACAAAUUCUCAACUGAUUUGAUCAUGAGCUGUACAUAUGCUUGAGGGCAAUAUUGUAUAUUCUUUUUGUUUUCUCUUGUAAAGGUCAUUUUAUUUCACUUGUAUAAAUAGGCUACUGUACAGACUUCUA